CGGACGAUACGUGCUGCCUGCAGAACACGGCGGCGAACUACCACGAAAAAACGAACGGCGACGACUGAAGGCGGUCCACGACACAGACGCAACGGAGCGCGAUGAGCAGGCCCCCUCCGGCGAUGCUGCAGACCCCGGGCUUCGCGCACUACGCUCUCGCCUGGUCCCCCUUCCACACGACCCGCCUCGCCGUCGCCUCCUCCGCAAACUACGGCCUCGUCGGGAACGGGCGUCUGCACCUCGUCUCUGUAUCACCCGGGCCCGGCGGCGUCCCCGCCUUGGGCCUCGACAAAUACUAUGAAACGCAGGAUGGGCUAUACGACGUCGCGUGGUCGGAGGUGCACGAGAACCAGCUCGUCACUGCGAGCGGCGACGGGUCGAUACGCCUGUGGGACGUGAUGCUGAAUGAUCUGCCUAUCCGUGCGUGGCAGGAGCAUACGAGGGAGGUUUUCUCGGUCGACUGGUCGAAUGUGCAGAAGGAUCUCUUUGUGUCCUCGUCGUGGGACGGGAAUGUGAAGCUGUGGUCCCCGGAGCGUCCGCGCUCGAUAACUACCCUGCACGCGCACCACUCCUGUGUCUACCAAGCCCUCUUCUCCCCCCACCAACCCGAUAUCAUCGCGACGUGCUCAACCGACGGCACCAUGAAACUCUUCGACCUCCGUGCCCCCUCCUACGCCCCCACCCUCCCCUCAACCAACUUCAGCACCCCGCUCGCCGCGGCCGCCCUCACCGUGCCCGCGUCCACGACCGAAGUGCUCACGCUCGACUGGAACAAGUACCGGCCGUUCGUGCUCGCGAGCGCGGGCGUCGACAAGGGCGUGAAGGUGUGGGACUGCCGGAUGGCGAAGACAGGCGGGGAGGGCGUGGGGGGCGUGUGCGAGGUCGCGCUCGCCGGGCACGAGUACGCGGUGCGCAAGGUGCAGUGGAGCCCGCACCGGCCGGACGUGCUCGCGAGUGCGAGCUAUGACAUGACCUGCAGAGUAUGGACCACCACGCCGCCGUCUGGCCGGUCGCAUUUGCUACAUAUCCAUGACCCGCACACAGAGUUUGUCGUCGGAUGUGCUUGGUCUCUGUAUGAGGAAGGUGUGUUGGCGAGCUGUAGCUGGGACUGCAGAGUCAAUGUAUUCCGUGUAUAACGUACACAACAAUCUGAUCCUUCCUUUUCGGCG